GCAAGAGGUGCUAUAAUCUUUGUGGACCGAGAUACGCAUUGCUGGUCCGUUGUGAAUGCCCCAAACAUGCUGACCAAGCUAUUCUCUUUCAUUGUUUCAUUGCAGGUGGAUGGCCAGAAGUACAUGGGCCAAGGGCGAAGCAAAAAGGUUGCUCGCAUCGAGGCAGCUGCCACGGCACUGCGCAGCUUCAUUCAGUUCAAGGAUGGCGCUGUCCUGUCGCCGCUGAAGCCAGCGGGCAACUUGGACUUCACCAGCGACGAGCAUCUAGAAAACGGUAUUGAUAUUGAAAACAUGAGCAAACAAGAGUUGGUUCAAAUAAUUGAAGCUAUGAUUGUGCUUGAAAAGAGCUUCGCUAUCACCCCGUGUGUAAAUCCCAUGCUACCUGAAACGUAUGAUCCCAUGAUCCAAAAUGUUAACAAGAGUGCCAUAGCGGUUGAUGGACAGAAGAAGGUGCCAGACAAGGGGCCCGUGAUGCUCCUCUACGAGCUCCUUAAUGACGUCAACUUCGAUUGCAUGAGCUUUUACAAUGCUCAGAACAAUUGUCACUUCAAGAUGACCGUCACCAUCAACGAGAAAAAGUUCGAUGGCACAGGUCCCUCCAAAAAGCUGGCCAAAAAUGCUGCCGCAAAGGCUGCGUUGGCCUCGCUUUGCAAUAUCUCCUACAGUCCAAUGAUGGCGCCUCAGAAGAAUGUUCCACUUCCAAUCGACGACAAGUCAUCGUCCAUGGAGUUGCCACAGAUUCAUGCCGACACCAUUGGCCAGCUGGUGCUCGAAAAGUUUAUGGAGGUCAUUAAGGGUCAGGAGGCGUACUCACGCCGCAAGGUUUUGGCGGGCAUUGUCAUGACGGAGAACAUGAACUUCAGCGAAGCCAAGGUCAUAUCGGUUUCAACGGGCACCAAGUGCGUCAGCGGCGAGCACAUGAGUGUCAAUGGAGCUGUGCUCAACGAUUCCCACGCCGAAAUCGUCUCCAGGCGUUGCCUUCUCAAGUACUUGUAUGCACAACUGGAUCUACAGUGCAGUCAGGCAACAGCAUAUCAGUCGAUUUUCGUGAGGAAUACAGAUGGGCAAUACCCUUAUAAACUAAAAUCCGGGGUACAUUUCCAUUUGUAUAUAAAUACAGCACCUUGUGGGGAUGCACGGAUAUUUAGUCCCCACGAAAAAGACACGAGUGUUGACAAACAUCCAAAUAGAAAAUCACGUGGCCAGCUGCGAACGAUAAUCGAGUCCGGCGAGGGCACCAUACCGGUGAAGAACAGCGACGGUAUACAGACCUGGGACGGGGUUAUGCCGGGCUGUCAACGUCUGCUAACCAUGUCGUGUUCGGACAAAAUUGCGCGCUGGAACAUCGUGGGCAUACAAGGCUCGCUGCUAUCCUCCAUUAUUGAGCCGGUGUAUCUGCACUCGAUUGUGCUGGGCAGCCUGCUGCAUCCGGAGCACAUGUAUCGUGCGGUGUGCGGGCGGAUUGAGAAGUCUAUACAGGGCCUGCCGCCGCCAUAUCAUUUGAAUAAGCCACUUCUGGCCAUGGUUACGUGCCAGGAGCCUCGUAAUCACGAUAAGUCGCCCUUAUUUAGUGUCAAUUGGACCUUUGGCGAUACGGAGCUCGAGGUGGUAAAUUGUCAGAAGGGCCGUACCAUUGGAAAUCGGGUGUCGCGCAUAACAAAGCAAGCAUUCUUUGUUAAAUACGGGUUUCUUAUAAAGAAUUUACCAGGAAUAGAGAACCGGAAUGUUACCACGGACUACGGUCAGACGAAAGCCAGUGUCAAGGACUACCAGAUUGCCAAACAGGAGUUAUUUGCUGCAUUUCAGCGUGAGGAUCUCGGCAGCUGGCUGAAGAAACCCCUUGAGCAGGAUAACUUCAGACUUGCCAAAUGAAACGCAGCUAAUUAAUAAUUACUUAUUUUUACAGUUAUCAC